CGUCAAGUUAACGUGACGAUUGCGGAUACGCGGAUCCGGGUGCAGCUUUCAUUAAAAAGGAAGACAUCGGCAUUGGAGCUGACAUUGCCUUCUUUUACUGAAACCAUCGAGGAGUUGUCAUUUAUUUCGUCCUUUGCUGUUCUACCUGAGGUGGAUGUAUCGCCAGGUGCUCGUGCUCGCGGUGUUCGCCGCUCUUCUAUGCGGUUUUCCAGCAUCAUGCGCUCGUAAUUUAAAUUACAGACCCAUCAUCGGAAUUUUAGCCCAGGAAAACUUGGAGGACGACCCUCAUGCACAGGGAUCUUCUUAUAUAGCUGCAUCAUAUGUGAAGCACUUGGAGUCAGCAGGUGCCAGGGUUGUACCAAUUCGAAUAAAUCGCACCAAGGAAGAGUACGAAAAACUGUUCAACGCAAUAAAUGGUUUGCUGCUGCCUGGUGGGAAUGUGGACAUUGAAAAGUCUCAGUUUACCAGAGCGGCAAAGGUUUUCUAUGAACUUGCAAUAAAGGCUAAUGAUGCUUCAGAUUAUUUUCCGAUCUGGGGCACCUGCCAGGGCUUCCAGCAGCUCACGGUUCUUACCAGCAACAAGAACUUGUUGACCUUGACUGACACCAAAGCAGUCGCCCUGCCGUUGACCUUCAGUCCAGGAGCCCAGAAAAGCAGGUUGUUCAAGAAGUUUCCAAAGGAUGUCCUUCAGUCCCUGGCAGAAGAAAACAUCACGUCUAAUUUCCACAGCUGGAGCUUGUCCAUGCAGAAUUACAGUAGCAAUGCCAAGCUUAAGCGUUUUUAUCGAGUCCUAACUACAAAUACAGAUGGCAAGAAGGAGUUCAUUUCCACAAUGGAGGCGUAUCGAUAUCCCUUCUAUGCUGUUCAGUGGCACCCAGAGAAAAGCCCAUUUGAGUGGAUUGAGAAAGCCGGUAUGGUGCACACGCUCUCAGCCAUCAAAGCCACUUUCUACACUGCUCACUUCUUUGUUUCUGAAGCAAUGAAAAACCAUCAUCGGUUUUCUUCGCAAAGCGAAGAAGAAAAAGCUCUGAUUUACAACUAUCAACCCAUCUUCAAAGGCCUGAACAGCAUCUUCCUGCAAAAUUACUACUUCGAUUAAGUGCUUACAGUGUCUUUGUGGCAGAAAAAUUAUGAUUAAUAAUAAUUUAUUUGUUUUUAAGUAUUGUUUUUAUUUCGUUCCCCAAAGUUCAGCAGAAAUUGAUGUUUCGAAUGCUGCAAUGCAUAAUUGUAACGUUCAUGCUUCUAAUUCACUCAUGUUUCUCUUGAUUGUAGAUUCUGGAUGUAGAUGUGAAGUGUUCUAGAAUCAUCAUGGCUGAAUGUAUAGAUGCAGUUAUGUCCAAUUCAGAAGUCAAAUUAUAUGAUAUAUCUUCUAGCGCCAUCAUUCAGAAGUUGAACAUUGUAACGUUUCACAGGGUUCAGUGGCAUGACCAAUGCAAUGUUUAAAAAAUCUAGUACUUUAUCAAUAUCAGAGAAAUAAAAUAUGGAUUUAAACUUUAA